CCAGUCCCCCGUCUGUCAUGCUAACCCGGAGAACUGCGUCUUCGGACUAGAACAACCAUACGUGUUGAUUAAGGACCGUCUGUAGUUAACGGCAGGUAACGGACAUGUGUUACUUCGUUUACUGUCAGUACGAUUUUUAAGUGGAUAAUUGCUGAGAGCACAAACUGCUCCUGCUACUUACAGCUAGGGUAACUAGCAUAACAUGACAGAGCUGCACAGCACUCUUGAAAACAUCGUAAGGAAAGUUUGACAGUAGUCGUGCUAAGAUAUCACUUGUCCGGCGUUACAAGAAGCGACGUUGACCAAUAUUUGCUCUGUACUCUAACCAUCAUGUUAAGGCUUUUCCUUCUUGCUGUACCUGUGGAUCUGGACUCUCGGCUCACAAACAGCUGGAGGGCAGUGAGGGACCACCAAUGAGAUGAUUGAAGGAUGUUACACACUCAGCGCCUUUCACGCAACACUUGUAUUCAAGCUGGGCGUCUGAGCUGAACAUCAGAUCUCCAAAGCCACUACUGCAGUCUGUGUGAAGGCUGUGUGUUGUGGUGGUGUGAAGAUGAAGCUGCACAGAGUGCUGCUGGCUGGCUGUAUGGACUGCACUAGGAUUUAUCUGCCUGGGAACUUUUAUCCAAAGCGCCUAUUCAGUUCUGUCAGUGCUUUUUCCUCGAGACUUGGUGAGACCCGAACCCUCAUCCUUUGUCGGGCUCCUACAAUGCUCUGCCCCGUGAAGUACACUGUGCCACUUGGAAAUAGAAAACCGACUUUGUACAGCAGGAGUUAUAGUGUUGUCGAUGCAAGGUGUCAGCCCAGAAAAUCUCAGUCUGCUGUGGUGACAAAGGAGAACCUUCUGCUAGGAGGUGCAACAUGGCCUGUGUCCUCUAUCCGCCACAGAGUGACAGAUGCCCCUCUUUCCAGUGUGCCUCCAGCUUUUGUUGUGAUGAAAUUUGACCAAGAGGGAAAUUUGACAUCAUUUGAGAAGAAGAAAACUGAGCUUUGCCAGGAGCUAAGUCUUCAGGCCAGAGACCUUCGCUUUCAGCACAGUACCAGCCUCACUGCGAGAAACAACUGCAUUAUCAUACGAAUGGAGUCUCUGAAAGCCAUUGUGACUCCACAGUCCCUUUUGGUGUUGGAUUUUCGUGGUCUGGGAUUGGAACGCUGGUUGGUACUGGAGCUCGCCCCUCAGCUAGCAUCGCAGACGCACUCUCUGCCCUUUGAGUUCAGAGCACUGGAGGCUAUACUGCAGCACAAGGUAAACACUCUACAGACCCGGUUAAAUGAAGUUGAACCAAUUAUAUUGGACGUAUUGGAAUCCCUAGUGGAUCCUAAAAUCCUUUCUGCUGAUAGAAGUAAACUGCAUAUACUGCUGCAGAACAGCAAGAGUUUAUCAGAGUUGGAAACGGACAUUAAAGUUUUUAAGGACUCCUUGCUGAAGAUUUUGGAUGAGGACGAGAUGAUUGAAGAACUCUGUCUGACUAAGUGGACAGACCCAAGAGUUUUUGAGGAGAGCAGUUUGGGCAUUGACCAUGCUGAGGAGAUGGAACUGUUGCUGGAAAAUUACUAUAUGCAGGCUGAAGAGCUGGGGAACAAGACCAGAGAGCUGAAGGGGCUGAUAGACGACUCUGAGAGUGUCAUCUUUAUCAAUCUGGACAGCCAUCGCAACGUGAUGAUGCGUCUGAAUCUGCAGCUGACAAUGGGUUCCUUCUCCCUUUCCUUAUUCGGCCUGAUAGGGGUGGCCUUUGGAAUGAAUUUGACGUCGUGCUUUGAGGAGGACCCUCGUGUUUUCUGGCUGGUAACAGGCUUCAUGUUCUUGGGCAGCGGGCUGAUCUGGAGACGACUCCUGUCAUUUCUUGGACGACAUCUAGAGCCAUCAAUACCCCCACUAAUCCCUCCAGUUUGGAAGAGAAAUCUGAAAUCAUCAGACAUGAAAACGGGAGUCAGAUGAAGUUCUACCUCCGCUCUGUAAAAUGCCACAGACCUCACACAGACUCUGAAGCUUUAAAGACAAUUGUUUUAUUUCCCUGAACCUCCUGAAUCUCUACUAAUGCUGGAAAUGUUCAUUUUUUAGCACACCUCACUGUUUUGCUCUUCCAUGCCUACAGCAGAGAUCGAGACCGAUUCCACUGUGUUACUUUGUCCCCAUUAACAUAUUCCUCUCAUUAUAUUGGGGCUGUUUCUAAUGAUUGAUUAGAUUUCUUCAUAUCUAAUUAUAUCAUAUCUGUGGAUAAAACAUGUGGGCACAGAGUUUUGCUCUGUCAUCACUGUUUUUUAUGGGUGUAUAUGUAGGCGAGAGAAACUGAAACUGAAACCAAUAACAACCUAACUAAUAUGAUAAACACCUUACAUGCAUUUGCACGUUCCCUCAUAUUAUAGGUGAAAAAAGGUCUGUUAAAAGGAAAAAAAUCCUAUUAUUUAAAUAAAUGUGAGCAAUAUGAAUGUGUAAAGUCUAAGUCAAAGUUUAUGAAGAGUUAUUUAUUCUACGCUCUUCACUCUUUGUGAAACUGUGUAGUUACAGUACAACAUCAGUUAGACAAUAAGGACUUUGCUGUGAAAAGGGUCUAUAUGGGAGACAUUUUAACUGUCAAAGCAGAAAAAGCUCAGGUGUAAAUAAUAUUAACAUCGGCUCCCACCCAGUAAGUGUCCCACAUCAUCUGGAUGGUUUGCAGGGACUAUUUUUGAACCACUUCCUGCUCUGAAGAUGGAGAUGGAGAUUUCAAGAGUAUGACUUGUAUUUUAUACAUGUAUUUUCAUGAACGUGGGGUUGGGUUCAUUUUAUUUCCCUUACAACAAAUAUCAGGAGUUUUGCCUUGGUCAGCUCAUCAUGCAACAGAGCAGAUACAACAACAUUCAACAAAGUAUACUAAUAAUAAAACCGUAUCUAUUGGAACACACAGAUUAAAAAAUAUAUGUGAAAACAAAAAAUGAUUCACCUGAAGUGCCAGCAGUCAGCAAACUAUUAGUAUUCUGAAUGUUAAAGAUGGAAUCUCAAUUAAAACAUGUAUAAACCUUCUACCAGAGGAAACCUUUGUCAUUCUGGGAUACUUUAUCCCAAAGCAAACUAUAGUGAUUAGCGAGACUCUGUCACCACAGCAAACACACUGACAACCCAGGUCUUACAGCGGUGGCUUCCAACCUGGGGCUCAGAAUACCCUUAAGGGGUCACAAGAUAAAUCUGAGGGGCAUGAGGUGAUCAACAGGACAGAAAAUCAGAAAAAAAACAUUUAAUCUCGAUAAAUUAUUUGUUUAUUUUUUCUAAUUUUCUGUAAUCUUAGUUUUUCCUAAUUUUACCACUUCAGGCCUCUAAAAAUUACUCUUAGGUUGAAUUGGUCAAAGCCGAUAGACAUAUGCAACAGGUGAUGAGGAAUCAUUAGGACAGUUGGCUUCAUUUUCAUGGGUCACAAGCAAAAGCUGUUAGAAACCAAUGCCUUAUAGUACUGUGUAUUAUUUAUGUAAAGUCCAGCCAAGUCCUUCCCAUUUUCACUGUUCUUCUCUGUAUUAUAUUUAAU